AUGAGUGAACACCAUGCAAAUUACUCAGUCUUCUCUUCUGUGUCCAGCAAGGAGGAAGCACUCGACAUUCUUUUGAUGUCCUACGAGGCCUUAUCGAAGGAACAAACAAAUUGGGUCUGUAAUCUGGCUAACGCCUCUUCAUUACUAUGGCAUGCAUACACAGCUUUAGGCAUUAAGGUUAAUUGGACCGGGUUUUAUGUUACUGAUAAGGAGAAUGACACCGAGUUGAUAUUGGGGCCUUUCCAAGGGAAGCCUGCUUGUCAGACCAUCAUUUUCGGUAAAGGUGUGUGUGGAACUGCAGCCUCUACUCAGGAAAUCCAAUUGGUUGCAGAUGUGGACAAGUUCCCUGGUCACAUUGCUUGCGAUGGGGAAACGAAGAGUGAAAUUGUCAUCCCCAUCGUGGAUUUGAAGACUAAGAAGACAUUAGCGGUCAUCGAUUUGGAUUGUCUUGAAUUGAAUGGAUUCGACGAAAUUGAUAAGAAGUACUUGGGGGAGUUGGCUAAAUUGAUAAGUGCAUCUUGUAGUUUCUAA